GGGGGGUAAGGAGGAGGAGAGAGGGCUGAAGAUCAAGGGAGUUCCCUUCUGCUUCUUGUCUAUGUAGCAAGUGCAGAAGUUUUGAAAGGUGCUGCAAGGAGGAGCCAUUAGCUGGUUUUUGGGGUGAUUUGGUACCCCACCCUCUACAUUUGAGGGAAAAUCCCUUGGCAAUAAGGGGUAGACAGAUUUGGGAGGGGAAAGAAAGAGAAGAAGAGAAAAGAAAAGUCAUCCUCCUGCUCCUCCUCCUUCUGUCCUUCCUCACUUCUCUCCUGACUCUCAGCUAGUGCAGAGGAGGCAACAUAUUCCUCCAGCCAGGGCCCUGCAGCUGGGGUACCUGCUUGCCCUGAUUCAUCUUGUUGCUGCCUUCUUUGACCAUUGGGAGCUCUUCUGAUGGCACCAACUCCUGGCAGCACCCUGAGGAGCAUCCUCUGCUGGCAUCUCUUCUCUCUUCUGGUCCUGUGUUUCUUUUGUGAUGCUUGUAAGAAAGUUGCUCUUAAAGUCCCCUCUCAUCUUCCCGCUGACACACUUGUAGGCAGAGUUAAUCUAGAGGAGUGUCUCAAAUCGGCUGACCUCAUCCAUUCCAGCGAUCCUGAUUUCAGAAUUCUGGAAGAUGGUUCAGUAUAUACAACAAAGAGCAUUGGGUUGUCAUCUGAGAAAAGGACCUUUGCUAUAUUGCUCUCACACUCUCAGAAAAAGGAUCAAAAAAAGAUAGAGAUUGAAUUGUUAGCACCAGAAAAGAAGAAACCCAUGAAAAGACAUGCAAAAGACAGAGCUCUUAAAAGAACGAAAAGAAGAUGGGCUCCAAUUCCAUGUUCAAUAAUGGAAAAUUCAUUAGGUCCAUUUCCACAACAAAUUCAACAGAUCCAAUCUGAUUCUGCACAAAACUACACCAUCUAUUAUUCUAUAAGUGGACCUGGAGUAGACAAGGAGCCCUUCAAUUUGUUCUACAUUGAUAGAGACACUGGGGAUAUCUUUUGUACACGUGCUGUAGACCGUGAAACAUAUGACAGUUUUCAGAUAACUGGUUAUGCAACAACACCAGAUGGUUACUCAACAGAUCUGCCACUCCUACUUGUGAUCAAAGUUGAAGAUGACAAUGAUAAUGCCCCCUAUUUUGAAGAUAUGAUUACCUUUAAUGUGCUUGAAAAUUGCAGAGUGGGUACUUCGGUGGGACAAGUAGUGGCCAAAGACAGGGAUGAGCCUGAUACACUACAUACUCGUUUGAAAUAUACCAUUUUAAAGCAGAUUCCAGAAAACCCAAAGCAUUUUGUAAUCCAUCCAGACACGGGUGUGAUCACUACCAUAUUCCCACCUGACAGAGAAGCAUGUUCUAAAUAUACAUUGCAUGUUGAAGCACGAGAUAUGGCUGGCCAGAGUUUUGGUUUAUCAAGUACAACAAUACUGACUAUUGACAUUAAAGAUGAAAAUGACAAUGCUCCAACUUUCAAAAAAACUUCUUAUGUAACAGAGGUGGAAGAAAACAGAAUUAAUGUAGAAAUUCUGCGCAUGGAAAUAGAGGACAAGGAUUUGCCCAACACUCCUCAUUCAAGAGCAAAAUACAUUAUCCUAAAAGGAAAUGAAAAGGAACAAUUCCAAAUCACCACUGAUCCUAAUACAAAUGCAGGCAUCUUGUGUGUUGUCAAGCCACUGGAUUAUGAAAUCAGUCGCCAAGUAAUUUUACAAGUUGGUGUAGUAAAUGAAGUCGAGUUCUCUAAGGGAACAAACUCCAAAGGCGUUACAACUUGCACAACUUCUGUCAUUGUCAAUGUCAAAGAUAGUGAUGAGGGACCUGAAUGCCAGCCUCCUGUAACUGUUAUAGAAUCUAAAGAUGGUAUGGGGGUUGGGAAAGAAAUCCUUGGAUACAAAGCACAUGACCCAGACACCUACAGUGGUGAAGGCUUAAGGUAUCAGAAGCUAAAAGAUGAAGCUAAUUGGUUUGAAAUGAAUGAAAAAACAGGGAAUUUGAAAACCACUAAAGUUCUGGACAGAGAGUCACCAUUUGUAAAAAAUGACCAAUACAAUGUCACAGUGCUUGCAAUAGAUAAGGUUGGCAGGUCAUGCACUGGUACGUUGGUAGUACUUCUGGAAGAUGAAAAUGAUAAUUCACCAAUAAUUAAGAAAAAUGUGACAAUUUGCCGUCAUGGGGAUGAAGGUGGUGUGAUAGAAGCUGUGGAUCAUGAUGGACCUAGAAAUGGUCCACCUUUUGAAUUUAUAUUGGACAAUCAGUCUAAUAAACUUUGGACAAUACGAAAAAAGUCUGAUACAUCUGCAAUAAUUCAUCCAAAGGAUGGCCUCAAGAGUGAUUUUUAUUCAGUGCCUAUUAGAGUAGAAGAUCGACAUGGCCUUGGUAGAGUAUCUCACUUGCAAGUCAGAUUGUGUGAUUGUACCUUACCAAGUGAUUGCAAAUUACCUGGUCGGGUGAGAGAUGUAGAACCUUCAAAUAUACGUCUUGGAAAAUGGGCUAUCCUUGCAAUGGUGCUGGGUUCUGCACUGCUACUAUGUGUCCUGUUUGCAUGUUUCUGUGUUACCACUAAGAAGACAGUACAAAAAUGCUUUCCAGAAGAUAUAGCUCAACAGAAUUUAAUUGUAUCAAAUACAGAAGCACCAGGAGAAGAAGUAAUGGAAGCAAAUAUUAGACUUCCUACACAAACUACAAAUAUUUCUGAGCCAAUAAUCUCCACUGGGACACUUGGUGGACAGGCAACCAAAACCGGUGGGCAACAAAGUUUUGAAAUGGUCAAAGGUUACACAUUGGAAUCAACCAAAAGUGGAGGACAUCAGACAUUGGAAUCAUACAAAGGAUCAGGACAGGGACUGGUGGAUAGUGGAAGAUAUGCAUAUACUGACUGGCACAGUUUUACCCAACCUCGCCUUGGUGAAAAGGUGUAUCACUGUGGACAAGAUGAAGAGCAUAAGUAUUCUAAAGACUAUGUCCUUUCAUAUAACUAUGAAGGAAAAGGAUCUAUAGCUGGCUCUGUAGGCUGUUGCAGUGAUCGGCAGGAUGAAGAGGGACUUGAGUUUUUAGACCAUCUGGAACCCAAAUUUAGGACAUUAGCAAAGACAUGCAUAAAGAAAUAAAGUGGGAGGAAAUGGGGUAUUGUGUAAAGAACAUACAAUCUGGAAUCAGAUGACUGGGUUUAAAACUUGAUUGUUAUUAGUCCAUGCUACUUUUAGUAAGUCAAUGAAAUCAAAUGUUUGUAAAGUAUUUUGCAAAUACUAAUGCAAUAUAUGUGUGUGAGCUACUAUUAGUAUUAUUAAGCCAUACUUUUUCUUCAUUCAUCUGCAAAAUGAAGAGUUUAGAGUUGAUCCUUCCCAACUCUAAAUCAUAUAAUCCUAGUGACAACUAUAAAUGACUCUUUUAGAGUUUUGGUUUUUUUUUACAGGGAUUGUAAAUCAAUUUUUUUUUGUCAGAAUCUCUGAAUCUUUCUGUAUCUCUUUCUUCUCCUUCUCUCUCUUUUUCUCUCUUUAUAGAAAGGUAAACUUCAUCAAGGUUUGAUUCAGUAUUUUAAUUUUAAAAGGUUAUCAGUUAUUUCCUUUGUUCACUUUAUGCAACAAUUUGUCUUCUUUUCCUAUGCUUUAAUACAGAACAAGCAAGUGAUGAUCUACUUGGAAUUUUUUAUGCAAUCUUGUACAUUACAUAUCUUUUCUAUGAAUAGAGAUACCUGGAAAAUAAGUAGAUUGUCGAGGAUAAUGAAAUGACAGAUUUUAAGCUUGUUUGGUUAUAAAUGAGCCCUCUUGCUCUGAUUUAGUUAAUAUCUAAAUGUAAGAAUUUUAAUAUUUAAGAAGAGAAGAGGUUGAGGAAGAAGAGGGGAAUACUGGAGCUGAUCUGGGAGCUAGAAGGUCUGUAUUCAAGCCUCACCUCUGAUACAUACUGGGUGUGUGAUCUUUACCCUCACAGUCACCUAGGCAAUUUUCUAAGACUAUAUAUUUUAGAAAAGAUGCAUAUAGCUGCAAAGUUGGAAGGAGUUUUCUCUCCAGAGAGUUCUUUAUAUCAAUGAAAUCACAUGUCCAAUUUUUGGCCUAAAAUAUGUCAGUAUUCCUUGGUGGAGUCUUUGGAAUUACAAUUAAAAAUCAGCUUCAAGCACCUUACUCCAGAGAGCAGAGUUUGCCUGAAAUAAGCGUAAUUCUCAUAUAUGUAAAUAUAUUUACAUCUCUGAAUUUUUGUUAUUACAUAUGUCAUGGAUAAUUUAUUAAAUCUCUCUGUUUACAAGGUGUUGUGUAAAUGCAAAACAAAAUAUGAAAAAAUAUUGGGAUUAUUGAAAUUUCCUUUUGACAGAGAAAUGAAAAUAAAAGCAAUGCUAAAGAUUUUUCAGAAAACGAGAGAAGUAAAACUGACAUGUAUGUAUAUAAAAUAAUUCAAGUGAAUUUUUUAAAGUUUUAAACUUCUCAAUUAUACAUCAAUCCAGAAAAGAGCACAGAUUUGUUUUUUUAUGCAAAUAUUUGUUAAGAGAUUUGAUUAUUGGACAUGAAAUAUCAAUGGAUAAAAAUUACAAAUGACAUAGAAAUGGUUUUCUGUCUAAAAAAUAGGUUUCUCUUUGUCAAUUAAUUGAUUAUAUAGUUGAAUAGGGUACCUGGUUGGGCUUUUAUUUUUCUCCCUAUACUCUCUUUUUCUCCUCAGUGACAAUUUCCAUUCUAUGUGUUCCUUAAAAUGAAAGUGUAUGUUGGAGCAGAAGAGAGACAUAUAUUUCCCCCAUUGCACAUAUUACUCAGUGUCUUAUAAAUGAUGUUAUAAAUGUUAUACACAUUAUGUAAAACAUUUUUAAAUAACAAAUAUAUGAUGUAAUAAAUGGCACAAGUUAAAUUGAUUUGUUACACCAAAGACAUUUCAAAAGAAAGGUCUAUAUCUCAUUUGCAUAGCAACUCUAAGGAAAGGUGAUAAGUACUGACAAGAAAGUGGUGAGGCUUUAUUAGCAACAUAAAAAGCUAUUUGCAAGGAGUUUUGUGGAGAAAGAUAAAAAGGUAAUGCUACAAUAUUAAUUUGCUCCCAACUUUACUUUCUAUAAUACACUGAACUCAACAUUGUUUUAGGGAAGAAACAAAAAGGAAACAUGUUUCUAAUCAUCAUUGCAUAAAAGACAAAUGAUUUUGGUGGUGUAGAAGCUCCCACCACCAAGGCAGAUUGCAACUCAUCUUUAACGCAUUGUCAUAGAGAGUUUCAUGUAGCUCAAGAAAGUUAUAUUAUCUUGUGUCAGUAGCAAAUGCCAGAAAUUUGAACCCUGGUCUUCCUGAUGUCAAAUCAAGCAUAUUAUCCAGUACAGCUUGUUGGCUUUCAUGUAUGUGAACAUAAAAUUUUAUGUUUCAAACAUGUAUUUUUCUUCAAGUUAGAGAAUCUAUCAUUAAAAUUCUGGGAAAAAAUGUGCAGAAGUCUGGGGGAAAAGAGAAGUUCUAAGUUGAUUUUCACUGUUUAAAAACCACUUGGAUAUCAUUAGUUAUUACCUCAGAAAUAUCAGUUAAAUUCUAUGUUAAAAUUAAUAUGAUUUUUUGAAGACAGUGCUAUGAUUGAAAUUAUAAUGUGUCAGAAGUUUCAGAAUUUAACAUGGCCUACAAAUUAAUAAGCUAAUACUUAUUAACCUAUACAAAUGAUUAUUUUCUGUACUUCUAAUAUUUUAGUCCUUAAAAACAGAUUUCUAAUGGAGUGAGUAGCCAGUGUAGGGUGGGAAGGAAGAACUGUAUUUUGCAAUAAAUUUGUUUUUUUCUGC